CACAAAGCCCACAGACAAAUCAUAUUCAUAUUAUUCACAAGCGCCAUCCCCUUUCGAUUCAGAAAUCGAAGCUCUAAGCAAAGCACUCUUUCUCGUCUUCGUAAUCGUCAUCGGAAUCGGCUCUCAAUCUGCAGCGAUUCCUGCCUUUCUUCUCCAUCUUCUCAAAUGGUAAGCAACAGCAAGGAGGAAAUAAAAGUGAUCCUGACGAAGCCAUUCUCAUUAGGAGACACGGAUGCGGCUUAUAGAGGCCCUAGUCUCUUGCAACGGAUAUUAAGCCUGUUUAAGAAUAUGCGGCCUGGAUCUGAUCUCACUCACUUCCAACUGCCGCCUCUGUUUAAUUUUCCAAAGUCACAACUUCAGUGCUAUGGCGAGUCUGUAUACUGCACAGCUUCAGACUUGCUAGGCCAAUGCAACAGAGAGCAGAAUCCAGUGGAUAGGUUCACAUCUGUGGUUGCAUGGUGCAUCUCUACCACUCGCCCUACAACUUUACUUGCUCCUUAUAACCCCAUUCUUGGGGAGACCCACCACGCUUCUCGGGCAAAUCUCAAUGUCCUGCUAGAACAGGUUUCACACCAUCCUCCCGUUUCUGCCCUACAUGCAACGGAUGAGAAGGAGAACAUAGAGAUGACAUGGUGCCAACAACCUAGUCCAAAGUUUUAUGGCACUACAGUGGAGGCUCAAGUCCUUGGUAAACGGCAGCUGAAGCUCCUUAAUCAUAGAGAAACAUAUGAAAUGAAUUGUCCUCACCUUCUAAUCAGAAUUCUUCCGGUCCCUGACGUUGAUUGGGUUGGAAAUGUUAAUAUUCGGUGUCUGGAGACUGGCCUGGUGGCAGAGUUAACCUACAAAAGCAAUUCUUUUCUAGGACUUGGGGGAGGCCGUAGAUUGAUCAAAGGGAAGAUCCUCAAUUCAUCGUCGUCAAAAGUUCUCUAUGAAGUGGAUGGUCAUUGGGAUAGAACUGUGACAAUAACGGACACAAGUAAUAGGAAGGUUAAAGUGAUAUAUGAUGCAAAUGAAGUCAUUUCAGGGCUCCAAGCUCCAAUUGUCCGCGAUCCAAAGAGUGUGAAGCCAACAGAGUCAGCCCUGGUUUGGAGUGAGCUUAGCGAAGCCAUAAUGAACAAAGAAUGGGAUAAAGCAAGAGAAGCAAAGAAAUCUGUGGAGGAAAACCAGAGGAAACUGGCGAGAGAAAGAGAGGCAAGAGGAGAAAAUUGGAUUCCUAAACAUUUUGUUGUGUUUCAUAGCAAGGAAGGUGGCUGGGAAUGCUCACCAAUUGAGAAGUGGGUCCCAUCUGCCCCCAUCGUUGCCCUGUAAUUAUUAUACUUCUGUAUCUUCAAUGAGAAAGGGUCCUCUUAAUUUCGUCUCAUCAAUUUCCUCACAGUGAUUAGAGAGAAGAAAAGAGAUUAAUUCUGAUUCUCCAAAAUUGGAGAUUUGUGAAGCUGCUGAAGCCGAAUAUAAGGCAUUGAAUGUACAGCACCAGUAUUUACUUGAUUUCCCCAGCUUCCCA